CAUUCCCGAGAUGCGCAGUGGUCUAAAAUAAUGGCUGCCUUCUGACCAAUCAAAAAGCCUCCCCAAAUGUAAAAAGCAACAUGGCUACUUCCGUGAUAUGUAAGAGGUUAGAUUGUUAGCCGCCGCAUGAGCGGAUUCUCGCUUAGAUCCAACCGGCGAUCCAACGACUCCGAGAACGUGACGAAGGCGUUGUCGCGCAGUAUCAGAUGCCUCAAAUUCGGCAAGCCGGCCAGAGAACCGUCCUCCACAAACCGUCCUCCACCAAUAGUUCGCAAUUGGUUGUCGUUGAGAUACCCAGAGUGUGCCCAACUUUUGAAACGCGCCUGGCUCCACCGUGCCUUCGGCCACAAGGGGAAGUGAUCCGCGUAGUUUCUUGGGCCCAACGAAUCUACGGCUACUACGAUAAGAGAAACUAGAUUGUUAGCCGCCGCAUGUGCCUUCAGCCUUCCUUUCUGUCUAUGCUAAAUGAUAAUGAGUUACGGGUUUUACUGGAUGAAGCUAUAACAUACAAAUGUCCGAAAGAUCGGGAAGGAAAGUCUAAUCUUUUUAAAGAACUUUUGCAAGAGGCAGAAGCGGACAAGACUGAGGAAGGCCGUAGAGUGAUAUCUAAUUCACGCUGUCUUCCGGGUUCAAAUCGCAGGAGGCAUAAACGGGAGUCUGUGUCCGAGCGUUUGACACAUGGCGGAUCAUUGCAGAAUUUAGCGCAGCCUAUAGCUUCGGAAUUCAAUAGUAGUUUUGCUUAUCUGACGUUUAGUUCGUGUCAUACUUACGGAAGUAGUAGGAGAAAGAAUAAAAAAUACACAAGACUCAGUGUCUCUGCUAGACAGAGAGAAGGUGGAUCAUUACCGUCAAAUGUAAAUGCAUCGCAUAACCUUGCUUCUUUGGCUAAUUUAGAUCUAACAUUCGAUAAGAAGAAGAGCUUCUACGAGGAACGGUCAGCUUAUGAUUGGACCAAUAAGGAAAAAUCCAAGUCUCUAGACAAACCAUCGUACACCAGUUUACCGCGCAGUUUCUUGGGCCCAACGAAUCUACGGCUACUACGAUAAGAGAAACAAUGCCAUCGUGUUCCAUAAAAAAUUGCAAAAAUCGAACAUGCGACGGAGAUGCAAGAGGAAUAACCUUUUUUAGAUUUCCGAAAGAAAUUCCAAUUCGUAAGCAAUGGCUUAAUGCUUGUCAACAAACUGAGACAAGUAUGAAAGUUGAUUCAGCAAGAAUAUGCAGUGACCAUUUUGAUACAAAUUGUUUCAUAAUGGAAUUCACAAAACCGAGGUCAAAAAAUACACUUGCCAAAGAAGUACGACGAUUAAAAAAAGGUUCUGUCCCAUGUAAAAUGUUAAAACUAUGUGCAGGAAUAAAAAGAAAAAGAAUGUCGCAAAAUG